CCAAGGGAGCCUACUCAUGAGUUGUUGAAAAUAGACGAAAUAAAUGAACAAAAUAGUAAAAGAUGGACCCAAUUAUCAUUGAUUCUAGUAAAGAAGAAGACUCUGAUGACGACGACGAUGACGAUGAUGAUGAUAAAUGGUUCAUUCCCCGGAGAAAAAGCCCAAUGAAAAUGAUUGACGAAACGCUGCCGAAGAUAUCUUUCCGUGCACGAAAGGACAGAAAAGCAAGAGAUAGGCCACAUCAUGAGAAGAAAAAGAUUGAAACACCCAUCAUUGUGAUUGGAUCGUCUGGAGAGGAUUCAGAGACAAGAGUACCACCUCUUCCAGAUCUAAAUGUACAUGGGAAAACUGCUGAAAAACUGCCUGCCAGUGGGGAACUGAAUGCACUGAAUUAUAAGAGAAAACGUGAUGAAAAAAUGUUUAGUAUCAAAAAAAGGCAUGUCUCGGUGUUAAAACGGAAAGAGGAAUUGAGAAAGGAGUAUGAGAAUUUACAAGGUGGAUUGUUUGAUGUUUCGUCAGAUAGCGAUUGUAUUGUUAUCUGUUCAGAAAAAAUCCUGCAUUCGCAGAAAACAAGUAAAAAAGAUUGUCAUGGAAGCAUAGUUACUUUCAACAAAAAGCUAGAAAAAGAUGAGACAAAGUUUUCCAUUAAGAAAGAGAAAAAAGUGUCGGAAAAAGUGAAAGCAGGCAUUAAACGUUUGUUAUCUGAUACAACAUUUAAUAAACCUGAAAAAAAGGAAAGACAUAAAGUCAUCAGGUCUUUAAGCGAGGACUUUGUCAAAUUAAAAAGUAAAGCAUUUGCAUUACCAAAAGACAAUCAUGAAAUGGACAAUGAUGAGGAAAAAAGAAGAGAAAGCAAAGAGGAAAAAUGCAAGAAAGAAAAAAGAGAAAGAUCAGAGGAAAAAGAAAAGAAAGAAAGAAGAGAAAGUUAUGAUGAAAGUAAAGAAAAUUAUAUUAAAAAAGAGGACAGUUUGAAGAAGGUGACAUGCAGUGGUAUAUUACAAUCACAUCAACGAAGGGUAUUAAAGAAAUGCUCAGUGGUUUUGAGAAAAUUAACUGAAUCGGAAAUUAAAAUGAAAGGAAGUCCAAGCCGUAGACAUUUCACCGAUGUUUUUCAUUAUUCUGACAUUAGUGAUGAUGAUUUACCUGACCUUAACCCGAACUUUGAUAUCAGAACAGAAAACUAUAGUGAUAUCAGUGACAUUGACGAUGCAGAAUCAGUUUCAUCAAGAAUUGCAGAGAUGCCUCUGUUGGAACCCAUGAAAAAUCUUUCAGAAAUGGAUUUAAAUUUAGGCUACAUAGACAUGCCAGAAAUUUCUUCAGUCAGUCCUUCUCCAAUGGUAUCCUCAUCGGUCAAACAUCAGAUCUACAUCCCCCAGUGUAUAGCAAUAUCAUCGGAAUCCAACGACUCAGAUUCUGUCAUCUCCAUUCCUCGAUCAAGCUUUUUAGAAGAAAAUGUUGAUAAGAAGGGAAUGGAAGAUUGUCAUGGAGAUGACUUAAUAGAUAAUCCUGUUGUUAUUACUUCAUCUAGCAGUGAUGUUGAUGAAAACUCUGAAGAGAAUGUUGAUAGUGAAAACGAUGAUGAUGAUGAUGAUGAUGAUGAUGAUGAUGAUGAUGAUGAUGAUGAUGAUGAUGAUGGUGAUGAUGAGAAUGAUGAAACAAUAACUGAAAGUAAAGAUAAUAAGAGCAUUAAAGGUGGGAAUAGUGACAAGAGUGAAAGUGAUGACAACAUAUUUUCCAAAUUCAGCUCAUUCACUUUUUCAGGGAGUUCAUCAGCAUUUUCAAAAGUUUCACCAGCGAAAUCCACACUUAGUUCAUAUAAUAGAAUAACACCCAAACACAAUGUACUGAAAUCUAAUACCUCAGGAAACAUUGCAAAUAUACUUUCGUUUUUAAUGCCACAGCAUCAUAAUAUGUUGGAUGCGUGCUUAGAAGAAGAUGACAGUAUUAACUUAAUGCAUUAUUUGGAAUUUCUUGAGAAUUUUACUACAAAGUUUUCAUUGCCAACUGAGGUUACAAAAUCAUUAAUGAGGACUGCAUUUUUUCAACCUGCUGAUAGAGUAGAUCUUGUGCAAAGGUCAUAUUCAUUGUUAAAACUGUGUAAUAAUCGUCAAAAUGGUGCUAUGUACAUGGAUUUGGAUUUGAUAGAGGACAGUUUAUCAAAAGUGUACGGAACAGAGAAAUCCUCGGACUACACAGUAUUACUUCAGCGAACUCUUUUCCUCAAAUUAUCAGUGGAAAUCCUUCGGAAAGAUCUCUACAACCGUGAUCUGUAUGAUACGAAAGAGAUCAGAAAGAGCUAUGCCUAUAAACUGCUCUCUUAUGAUGUGGCGUCCAGCAAGAAAAGGCUAGUAUAUUACAUUAAUCAGGCCUUGCAUGCAGGACAGACGUUGACUGCCAGGUUUGAGGGAGCUGUUAAGGACAUUCCACACAUCUUACCAAUACUGCAGGAGUUGUUAGCCUUGAGCAUAGACGUCAGCAUAAGCUGUGUAGAUGCAGCCACAGGCUUGAGCGAAGAUCUUGUUGGGACAUACACUUUCCUUCCUGACAUUGCAAGCAAGGAGCACCUGCUUACCUCCGUUACCUCCCCACUGCUGCAGUACAAGCUUGUACAGACCAUGUUGGAAACACAGUAUGAUCAGUACCUGCCCUUGCCUGCGUUUCCAGAAUCACUUCAGGGUGUAGUGGACUCCUUCUUCGAGGUGACCCCACUGAAGUUCCAGAUGACCCCGCCCACUACACCCACAGAUGAAGAACCGGUGGAUGAUAUCCCGGGGGAGAAGUCUUUUUCUCCAUCGGAAACAGAGGAGAUGGCCAUGCUGCUAUACUUUCUCGUCAAGAGCUACCUACAAGUCUCCAUUGAGAAGUUGUACAUACCUCUACAUAGAAGAUCGAGGUACUCGAGGAAGGGAUCAGGUCCGAGACUUUAUGACCUUGAGACAAUAGGGGCACUUGAUCAACACGUGGACCAGUUAAGGGGGCACCUGCUCUCCCUGUGCCCGACACUGUCCGACAAGGCAGAAGAAUACUUGAUGCUGUUGUUGUGCUGUGGAGAUUGAGACCACAAUGAGAUAAUUGGUCUUGGAUCAUCACAUGUAUCGAUAAAAGGGGAAACUGAUGUUGUUGUGCCCGACAUGGUCAUACAACGCAGAAGAAUUCUUGAUAGCAGAAGAAUGACUGAUGGUGCUGUUGUGCUGUUGAACUUGCAUCACAUGGAGAUCACUGAUGCGUUCGAUCAGGGCAUGUACUUAUUAAGGAGGCGCUUGCUUAGUCCGACCAGGCAUAGGAAUAUAAGAUGCUGCUGCUUUGCUGCUGAGAUUGAGAAUACAUUGAGAUUUAUCAGGGCACUUGAUCAACACGUAGACCAAUAAAGGGGAUACCUGCUCUCACUGUGCACGACAUUUUUGACAAGGCAGUGUAAUACUUGGUUCUGCAAAGGUGCUGUGGCGAUUAGGAAUACAUUACGGUGAUCGAUUUGCUCAUCAGCUCAUUAAUCUAUUAAGGGGGCACCUAUUAAGGGGGCACCUGCUCUCUGGGUGCCAGACACUGUCUGACCAGAUGGAGAAAUAUUUAAUGCUGCUGCUGUGCUGAUGAGACUGUGAUUUUCAUUGUUGAAAAGAGCCUUCGAAGUCUUUGAUAUAAAAGCCUUUCAAUACUUUCUUCGUUGAAAAGAACAUUUGGAGAUUUUCAUCUUUGAAAGAAAAAAAUCAGUAUUUUCAUCUUUGAAAGAAGCAUUUAUGGAUUUUUUUUACUUUGUUAAGAGAUUUUUCCUUUUAUAUAUAUAUAUAUUUAUAUAUUUUUUUUGUCUUUUCAAUGAUUUGGAAGGCAUUGAUGGCUUAUUUGUAUCUUUCUGAGUCUAAAACAGAUUGUAAACAUUGAAGAAAUUGUUUUGAGAAAAAAAUUGAAAUGCUCAUUGUUAAUAUGAAAAAAAAAUGUUAUGUGUUUAAUAUUGAAGUGUUGAGCUGUAUGAAAAAAAGAUCAAUGGAAAAACGUG